AUGAAGAAUCAACCUCAACAUAGAUCAAAUACCAAAUGCAAAUACAAAUUUCAAGGAGAUUAUGUUAGUAAAAUUUUUGGCCUCUCUUUCUCCUUCCUAUUUUCCAUUUGGUGCCUCGUUUCCAUCUUCCAUUCUAGGCUUCACCUUGUUCAUGGUUCUUCUAAAGGAGGAGAUAUGUUAGAGUUGAAUGAAUCAACCAGCAUUAGUCAGAAACUAGUAAAACCAAUGUACUCGGUUGCGGAAACAAUUAGUUUAGAACAAGUAUUUUGGAGAGUUUUAGGUAAUAAUAGUAGAUUAGUAUGCAAGUUACAAUCUCAACCAGAGGAAAAGAAACUUCAAUCAUCGCAUGAAUUCCAAAACAUAUCAGCAUUAGAAAAGCAAGAAAAGAGCAAUGAUUCGCUUGUUAACAUAACACACCGUCUAGAAUCGGAUGGUUCUGUGUACAAUUACGCGUCCGAGUCCAAAGGUGCAAAGGUAGUUGCAUAUAAUAAGGAAGCUAAAGGUGCUAUAAAUAUAUUAGGAAAGGAUCAUGAUAAGUAUUUGAGGAAUCCUUGUUCUGUUGCUGGAAAGUUUGUUGUUAUCGAACUUUCUGAAGAGACUUUAGUUGAUUCUGUCAAAAUUGCAAACUUUGAGCAUUAUUCUUCGAAUUUCAAGGAAUUUGAUUUGGCUGGUAGUUUGAAUUAUCCGACCGAAUCGUGGAGCGAGCUAGGGAGCUUUGUUGCUACCAAUGUUAAGCAGGCACAGGUUUUUAAGCUACCUAAGCCGAAUUGGGUGAGGUAUUUGAAGUUGAGCUUGCUUAGUCAUUAUGGAUCUGAAUUUUAUUGCACACUUAGUGUUGUAGAAAUUUACGGGAUCAACGCUAUAGAGCGAAUGCUUAAGGAUCUAAUAGUUACUUCUGUUGAAUCCAUUCCUCACAAGUUACCAACUCAAAAUAUCAGUGACAUUAUAACGCCGUCUUUGAAAUCAGAAGCUGAUCAAAUUGACAGAAAAGGUAACGAACUUGAAAUUAAGAACGAUACUGUGGCCGCUGAGAUAUCGAGUGUUAAUGAUGACACGCAAAAGGUUGACGCGGAAGUGACGAAAAAUCCUGUGAUUGUGAACUUGGUUCCUGAUCCCGUGAAGGAGCUUAGACAACAAUUAAAUGGUAGGAUAACUGGUGACACUGUUCUUAAGAUUUUGAUGCAGAAAGUGAAGUCUGUGGAGGUAAACUUAUCGGCAUUAGAGGACUAUAUCAAAGAAUUGAAUAGGAGACAAGGGAUUACAAUACCAAAUCUUGAGAAAGUGAUGUUUAGAUUAUCAGAAAGCUUGGAACAAAGCAAGACAGAAAUCAAUGAUCACCAGCAGUGGAACACAAAUAUGGAAAAAGGAAUAUCAGAAGUUAAGUCAUGGAAAGAUGAUGUAUCAUCUCAACUUAAUGAUUUAGCUAGAGAAAAUAACAUGUUAAGUAUCAGACUAGAUGUUCAAAAGGUUGCAAGGGAUCAAGAAAAUCUUGAAGCCAAAGAGCUUGUGGUGUUAGCAACGAGUCUUGCUUUCGUGUGCCUUGCAGUUCUGAGGAUAAUUUCAGCACGCCUGUUCUCGUUUUCUACGAUCGAUGAUGAUAGUGUUAACCAGACAACCAGAGGAUGGUUUACACUGCUUCUAUAUUGCAGUUUAACAAUAUUCAUUAUUUUGUUCUAUAGCUAG